AUGAAGUCUGCCAGCUUUCUCCCGGUACCGCUGGACACUCCCGCUCGCGAGCCAGCGCGUCGCCGCGACGCCGUGUCGCGUAGGUUCCGCUUGCUCUUGUCUUUCGUCGUCCUCCUUGCGACAUUCCAAUGUUCGCGCGUGCUUCUGCAGGCUCACACUGAUGAUCACAGGCGAGCGGUGAAUGUUCCUCUUGAUGCAGCAGGCAUACUCGAGAAGUGUAGUCUUCUCGAGACAAAACCAGGCCCUCCGCCGGACUUCUAUGCGCGGACCCAGAACGACCGUUUCGUUAGCGGAACCAAGCCUACCCUUAUCAAGAAUGCUACCGUAUGGACUGGCGAAGCGGACGGCUUCGAAGUCGUCCAUGGGGAUAUUCUGCUAGAUCGAGGGCUCAUCAAACAGAUCGGUGAUAUCAGUACCGGCUCGUACUCUGAAGAUUUCGUGUACCACAUUGACGCCCAAGGAAAAUGGGUGUCCCCUGGGAUCGUCGAUCUACACAGUCACCUCGGAGUGUUGUCCGUUCCAGAGCUGUCAGGUGCUUCAGAUGGCAACUCUCGGAAGGGACCUAUUCUUCCAUGGUUGCGUGCCCUCGACGCUCUGAACACUCGCGACGAAGCCUACAGGCUGAGUAUCUCUGGAGGUGUCACAACUUCCUUGGUUCUCCCAGGAUCUGCCAACGCCAUCGGUGGGCAAGCUGCGGUCAUCAAGCUGCGCCCAACGGCAGAACGCUCUCCUACUUCAAUGCUGCUCGAGAACCCAUACGAGAAGAACACAACGGUGUACGACCCUAAAGUGGCCGUUCGAUUCCGACAGAUGAAGCAUGCUUGUGGAGAGAAUCCUGACAGGGUGUAUUCCGGGACCCGGAUGGAUACAGCAUGGGCGUUCCGUCAAGCGUAUGACAAGGCCCGCCAGAUCAAGGAAGCGCAGGACGAAUUCUGUACCAAAGCUACUCGCGGCGAUUGGGCCGGACUCGGCGCAUACCCCGAGGACCUCCAGUGGGAGGCGUUGGUUGACGUCCUUAGGGGACGUGUCAAGGUCCACACGCAUUGUUACGAAACCGUCGACUUGGAUGAUCUAGUCAGAAUCACGAACGAGUUCAAGUUCUCGAUUGCCGCGUUCCACCAUGCACAUGAGACGUAUCUCGUUCCGGACACACUGAAAUCUGCCUAUGGCGAGCCUACAGUCUUACCUAGCUGCCAUCCGCCUGCUGCAGCCCUCUUCGCUUCACACGGCAGAUACAAGCGCGAGGCGUAUCGCGGUUCAGAGUUUGCGCCUCGCAUACUCGCCGACAAUGGCAUCCAGGUCGUUCUGAAGUCGGACCAUCCGGUGCUCGAUUCGCGUUUCCUUCUCUGGGAGGCCCAACAAGCAUACUACCACGGCCUUCCGCACAAUCUCGCUCUCGCGGCCGUGACCACUACGCCAGCGACUAUUAUGGGCCAGAGUCACCGGAUCGGCUUCCUCAAAGAAGGAUACGACGCCGACGUUGUCCUGUGGGACAGCCACCCGCUCGCUCUGGGGGCAACGCCCCAGCAAGUCUGGAUCGACGGUGUCCCACAGCUCGUCCACCCCGCCAUCCUCUCUGCAAAGCCCAGUGCACUCCAAAGUCUCCCGAAAGUGCCGAAUUUCGACAAGGAGGCCGAGGAGGUGCUUCAAUACGACGGCCUGCCCCCGCUCGAGCCCAAAGCGUCGCUUGGGGAGGGGCGCACAGUCGUGUUUGCGAAUGUCAGCAAUGUCUUCGUUCGCUCGGCUACCGCUCCUGGUGUCCGACAACUCCCAACCGCAGUCGAGACUGGUACUGAAGGUCAGGAGGGACAACGAGUUAGCGUGAUCGUCCGCGCCGGGAAAAUCACUUGCAUAGGCGCGCCUGACAGCGUGUGUGUCCGGGAUGCGCUCUACGCGUCCUAUGGCGCAGAUGAGCCUGUCGACGUCUUCGAUCUUGAGGGCGGGUCAAUCUCGCCCGGGUUGACGACCUUCGGAUCCCAUCUUGGCUUAGAGGAGAUCCAGGGUGAGGCAUCGACUAAGGACGGGGUCGCUCCCGACGCGCUGAACCGAGGUGUGCCCAGUAUUGCUGGGGGAAGUGGGGCGCUAGUGAGGGCUGUGGAUGGUUUGGUUUUCGCGACGAGAAACGCAUACACUGCAUACCGCGCAGGCGUCACCACUGGGAUUGUCUCCCCUCAAUCCAACGGCUUCUUCUCAGGCCUCAAUACUGCUUUCUCCCUCGCGACGCCACAUAAGCUUGCAGAUGGGGCGAUCGUACAACGGGCAGGAGCGGUGCACGUCUCAAUCCACCUCGGCUCUCAGCAGAGCGUCAGCACCCAGAUCGCAGCCCUCCGUCAUCUGCUGCUCAACCAGACUGAUGGAGACCUCGGGGAGUGGUUCGAUGGGAUCAGGAAAGGGAACGCGACGCUUGUCGUUGAUGCUGAGAGCGCAGACGUGAUUGCGACGGUGGUCGAGCUCAAGAAGGAGGUCGAGUCUGUCUUGGGCCUCGCACAGGGUAAUACGCUGAAGGUGACGAUCGCCGGGGGGAAGGAAGCGCAUCUCCUGGCGCAGGAGCUUGGCAAUGCAGGAGUGGGCGUGAUACUAACGGAGCCGAGGCCGUUCCCAAAGCAAUGGGAGGCGCGAAGGAUCCUCCCUGGGCCGCCGCUAUCGCACAAGAGUCAGAUCGUAACGCUAGUGGAGCAUAACGUCACUGUUGGCCUGGGCACCGUUGAUGCUGACAAGGCUCGGAAUAUCCGCUUCGAUGCAGGCUGGGCGGCUCUGGAGUCGGACAAGGCGAUCUCGAAGGCCGAGGCUAUUGCCCUCGUAUCGACGAAUGUUGAGAAGCUGCUGGGGAUCGAGCGCGACGAGGACGAGGUUGAGCUUGUCGCAACCAGCGGAGGAGACUUACUCGAGUUCAGCAAGGUCAUCGGGGUAAUCUCACCGAGGCGAGGCGUUGUCGACGUCUUCUGAAACCAAUAGUUUGUAGCAUUACAGGAUAUUGAAUGCGC